ACUCCUGUCAAGUGCAAGUAUUAGCAGUUUUAAAAGGACUGAAUUUGCUCCCAAAAAAUGCUCUCAGAUCUCCACACAACUGUCAUUUUGUUUGUCAUUCUAUGUUAUCUCGAUAUGCCCAUAUCCCUUGGUCAAGAUGACGAACAAUACAGGAGUUGCGGUGAGCCGUUUCGCUGCGGCAGCAUGGAUAUAGUUUACCCGUUUUGGGGAGGGAGUAAACCAGAGUAUUGUGGUCAUCCAAGUUUUGAGAUCAAGUGCGAAAGUAACAUCCCCAAAAUUACUAUUGAAUCAACAAGAUACCAAGUGAUAGAUAUCAACACUCCUAAUCGAAUUGUAACUCUGGCUCGGGAUGAUUUACUGAGUAAUAUCUGUUUGGCUAAUCCUAAGAAUGCUUCCUUUGAUUUAAACACUUUCAGCUAUGUUUCGAGUGACCUGAAUAUUACCCUGUAUUUGGGCUGCACCGUCCGCCCUGGCUCGCAAUUACCAGCUUCGUCUCCAAAUAGGUUUAAUUGCAAUAGCAAUAGCAGUAUAUUUGGUAUAUAUACGCUGAUCAACGUUCCCUUCGACCUUAGCCUGGUAACAUGCCAGAAAGAAAUAAUAGCUAGGGUCAAUCAAACGAAUGCUGUGGCAUUAGCCAGUCCUACAGCUUCCGUGGUUUUUCUGAGAAACGCCAUUGCUGGCGGGUUUUCAGUAAACUGGACGGCAACUACUGAUUCAAAGUGCCAACAAUGCGAGGUGUCAGGUGGAAGAUGUGGAUCCAAUCCAGAUUCUGGAGACUUUACUUGCCAUUGUGAAAACGGUACUCCUUCAAACGACUGCAACAAUGUACACAGAGACUUACCAGGUUCAGUAAAGAUUCCGACAGCUGCAAUAGUUGCCGCAGUUUGUAUCGCAGUGCUGGCCAUAAUAUCAGUUCCAAUCAUCUAUUGCCUCAGAAGUCGGGGGUUAUCCCGUAAGCAACUGAUUUGCUGGAAGACUGAAUCACAAAAUCACAAAAUUGAAGAAUUUAUGAGAAAUUACGGUUCUCAUGCUCCAAAGAUGUACAGCUAUUCGGAUCUAAAGAAAAUAACCGCCUCAUUCAGCAAUAAAAUAGGAAAGGGGGGAUUUGGUCAGGUAUACAAAGGAAAACUACCUGAUGGUCGUGCAGUAGCUGUAAAGGUCCUGACAGAAACUAAUGGUGACGGAGAAGAUUAUAUAAAUGAGGUAGCCAGUAUAAGCAGAACUUCCCAUGUUAACAUAGUAGGGCUUUUGGGAUUUUGUUACCAAAGGAAUAGGAGAGCCUUAAUCUAUGAGUAUGUGUCCAACGGUUCACUGGACAAAUUUCUUAACAGUGGACCAUCUAGCACAACUUGUUCCUUGAAAUGGACAACAUUGUACAGUAUCGCAGUUGGGACUGCUCGAGGUUUGGAAUAUUUACACCGAGGUUGCAACACAAGAAUAGUCCACUUUGACAUAAAACCUCACAACAUUCUCUUGGACCAGGAUUUCUGCCCCAAAAUAUCUGACUUUGGCCUCUCUAGAUUGUGCGAGAAAAAGGAGAGCAUUCUAUCAAUGUUAGGUGCCAGGGGAACGGCUGGAUACAUUGCUCCAGAAGUGUUCUCUAGAGCAUUUGGGCACGUCUCUCACAAAUCAGAUGUCUACAGCUACGGCAUGCUUGUUCUUGAGAUGGUUGGAGUGAGAAACAACGUUAACAUGAGCCAAACUAGUGAAGUAUACUUUCCAAAUUGGAUCUAUGAACAUCUCGAGCUGGGGAAGGACCUAAGUCUACAAGGUAUCAUGAACGAAGAAGAUGAAGAAGUAGCAAGGAAGAUGAUUUUAGUGGGCUUGUGGUGCAUUCAGACCAAGCCAUCAGAUCGACCAGCUAUAGAGAAGGCAGUUGAAAUGCUGGAAGGAAGCCUUCAAUCCCUACAAGUUCCACCAAAACCUGUCUUGAAUUCUCCAACAAGAUCCAUCCCAGAGUCGCUUACAUCAACAUCCACAAUGACCUCAGAAAGGAGGUUCAUUUCUGGAGCUAAUAUCGCUUCCACAUAAAAACAAUUGAUGCAAAUUUGUUAAUAUAUUAUAACGAAAGUGUUGUCAAUUUAGUGGGAUUGUGGGAAUAUUAUUUGAUCACCACUGA